UGCUUUCUAUCUGGAGAAUACAAAGACGACAAACUAAAUGGCAGAGCAAGAGUUUAUUUCACAGACGAGAACUGGCUUGACGGAUACUUUAAAGAUGGUGUUCUACAUGGAUUCUGCAGAUAUUUUGAUGUCAAGAAUCGACUAACAUUUAUCGGUAUGCACAGAAAUGGUAAACCAUUUGGAACCUGUUGGAAGAUUAUCAGAGGUGGAGGAUGUGUUGUAGGUGUGGUUGAUGAGGAAGGCCAACUGUCUGGAACGAAUAUUGCAUAUAUCUAUCCGGAUUUUAAAACUGCUCUCGUCGGAAACUUCCGGGACGGGGUACUUGAGUUCGGCCAGGUGUCAUCUGUGAAAAAAGUUACAACUGAUAAUCUGGGAAUCAAAGUACCACAAUUUAUAGAACCAGAGGGUAGACUGUACAGACGUGAAAUAUCAACAUAUGAUUUUGUGACUUCUACUCCAACUCUACCCGAUCCUUAUGAGUCCAAGAUGGUUGAGGUGCGAAAGUCUCGAGUACCUGGUGCAAAUGAAGGACUUUUUGCGAAGAAAUCAAUUCCUCCCAGCGUAGUUUUAGCUUUCUAUCAUGGGCAGAAAGUGAAACCAAAGACAGCUGAUGCAGAGACCUGGGAUGAAAAUGCCUACAAGAUAUUUGAUCCAGCAGUUAAGGUUGGUAAUCACAAAAUAGAGUGCUAUUAACUCAAAAAAAAUGUU